GGUUCAGACAUCACUCCCUCUUCAACCUAUUAUUUAAUCCUCUCCUCAAUUUUAUAUCAGAGGAAAAAACCCCCGAGAGAAGUUGCUGUUCUUCUUACAGACGUAAAAUUAAAUAGAUAUGGGAAAUUUGAGUUUGAGAUCAAGGCUUUUCUUCCUCUCCUUUGUUAUUUCACAAUUGAUGUUCAUAACCACAACAUCUCAGCCAGACUUCUUUUAUUACAUCUGUUCAAACGAAGCCAACUACACCAACAACAGCCCAUUCAAGAAAAAUCUCGACAACGUUCUUGCUUCAAUCUCCUCCAGUUCCAACAACACCGACAGCCGCCGGGUCGACUAUGGUUUCUAUAAUGCCACCUCCGGUGAAGAUCCCGACACAGCCAACGGAAAGGUUCUUUGUCGUAAAGGAGUUCCGUUGGAACAAUGCAGAAGUUGCGUGAAUGACUCAGUCCGUAGAAUUACGCAAAACUGUCCAACACAGAAGGAAGGUGCAGGAUGGUACCAUGAUUGCCAAAUUCUUUACUCAAACAACUCUGUUCACGAUGAGACAGAUUUGUCUGUGAAUCAAAUUUAUUACAACCUCGUUACAGCCCCAGACAAGAACAGUUUCAAUGAGGACCUGAGAGGGUUGCUGGAUCGGCUGCGAGAAGAGGCUGCGUCAGGGACUUCGAUUCGAAAGUCUGCUGGCGGAGAUGUGAAGCUUAAAAAUCCGAAUAUGUAUACAAUAUAUGGGCUUGUUGAUUGUUUUCCGACAUGUCGUAUUUCUAUUGUGAUGUCUCGCCUCAGUCGACUUCAAAGUUAUCUUCCUACCUGUUGUACUGGCAGCAUAGGAGCAGAGAUUUUGGCAGCUAGUGUCGCAAUCAAUUAUGAACACCCUUUGUAUGAGUCACUUCUCUCUCCGCCCCGACCCCUGCUCCCACCACCGCCUCCGCUUUCAGCUCCUAAUCUCCCCCCUCCAUCUUCCCUGUCAACACAAGGAAAUAAUGGCAAUACAGUUAGAACUGUAAUAAUUGUUGUGGUGUCCGUCGCUUCAGCCAUCAUUCUCAUUGCUGGGAUUUGCUUGAUUCUGAGAUUGAGAAACAGAAAGCAGAAAAGACGAUUAAGAAAAUUUGAAAGUGUUGCUGUUGAAGAUGCCAGUGAUGAAAUUAGCAGUAUUGAGACAAUUCAAUUUGAUUUUGAUGUUAUUAAAGUUGCAACUAAUGACUUCUCAAGUGAAAACAAGCUAGGACAGGGUGGAUUUGGACCUGUUUACAUGGGCAAGCUACCUAAUGGACAACAUAUUGCAGUGAAGAGACUUGCACAUAAUUCACAACAAGGAAAUGCCGAAUGCAAAAAUGAAGUCCUUUUGUUAGUCAAGCUUCAGCAUCGAAACUUGGUUAGGCUAUUGGGAUUCUGUUUGCAAGGAAGCGAAAGACUUCUCAUAUAUGAGUUUGUACCAAAUGGCAGCCUUGAUCAUUUCCUAUUUGAUCUUGAGAAGCGGACACAAUUAAGUUGGGAAAGACGAUACAAAAUCAUAAAUGGUAUUGCGCGAGGACUUCUUUACCUUCAUGAAGAUUCUCGCCUUCGAAUCAUUCAUCGUGAUCUCAAAGCUAGCAAUAUUUUGUUGGAUGAAGAAAUGAAUCCAAAGAUUGCGGAUUUUGGUCUAGCAAGAUUGUUUCAAAUAGAUGAGACUCAAGGCAAUACAAAUAGAAUUGUGGGAACUUAUGGUUAUAUGGCUCCUGAGUAUGUAGUGCAUGGACAAUUUUCAGUAAAAUCUGAUGUCUUUAGCUUUGGUGUUUUGGUUCUUGAAAUUGUGAGUGGCAAAAAAAACAAAUGUUUUUGCAAUGAAGAAAAUAUUGAAGAUCUUCCGAGCUUUACUUGGAAUAAUUGGAGGGCUGGAACAACUACAAAUGCCAUAGAUUCAACCCUCAAUGUAGGUUCAAGGAUUGAAAUGAUAAGAUGCAUUCACAUUGGACUAUUGUGUGUUCAAGAAAAUGUAGCAAACCGACCAACAAUGACUUCGGUAGUUACGAUGCUAAGUAGUUCUUCUCUGACUCUUCCUAUACCCUCUAAACCGGCAUUCUUCAUGCAUAGUAUCACCAAUGGAUCCAAAACAAUGUUAGCAUUGGAUGAGACUAAUCAUUCUAAAACCACAUCUUUUCAACAUUCAACAAAUGAUGCUUCAAUUACAGAGCUCCAUCCUCGUUAAGUUGUCAUCGUGUAUUUUGGCUAUAAAGCAUAUGUAACUUUGAAA